UUAACGAAAAAGGAGCAAAGCAGUCAUCGCGAUGUAGAGCGACAAAGUUUUGAGGCAAUUGGAUAUGAAGAGUUAGCGUGAAACGUUAAUAAGUGCCGUGACCUGAAAGCUGAAGAUGUAGGAGCUUCCUAAAAAUGAACUCUGCUUUAGUCUGCACUUGAUGUCACAUCCCUGGCAGAGACCAAGACCCUCCCUCUUGGAUACUGGGGUUGGGAAAUCCAGCAUAGUCUGUCGAUUUGUUCAGGACCACUUUGAUCACAAUAUUAGUCCCACCAUUGGAGCAUCCUUCAUGACUAAAACUGUGCCUUGUGGGAACGAGCUUCAUAAAUUUCUGAUCUGGGAUACAGCUGGUCAGGAGCGAUUUCAUUCUCUGGCUCCAAUGUACUACAGAGGUUCAGCAGCAGCUGUGAUAGUUUAUGAUAUCACCAAGCAGGAUUCCUUUCAUACUUUGAAGAAAUGGGUGAAAGAGCUAAAAGAACAUGGUCCUGAAAAUAUUGUAAUGGCCAUUGCUGGAAACAAAUGUGAUCUUUCAGAUAUCAGGGAGGUUCCUAUGAAGGAUGCCAAAGAAUAUGCAGAAUCUAUAGGUGCAAUUGUUGUUGAAACCAGUGCUAAGAAUGCUGUUAACAUUGAGGAACUCUUUCAAGGAAUAAGUCGGCAGAUUCCCCCCUUAGACCCCCACGAGAACGGUAACAACGGCGCGAUCAAGCUGGGCAAGCAGACUGCACAGACGGGGCGCCGCUGCUGCUGACCCCGUGGGAGUUCCCUGCCCCGGGACCUGCGUGAAAAGCCACCCGUCUGCUUUGUCCCCGAGCAGGGACCUGGUGAGCUCCGUGCCGUGGCUCCUUAUCGCGAACGCGGCCGUGUCAGCGCUCCCAAUGAGUAAUAAUUCAAGGACCAGAAAGAARGAGCUUCACUUCAAAGGGAUUUUGCAAAGCCCGGUUGGAAAAUCCUCUAAUACCCUGUCAAAAUUACAGCGUCCAAGUUCUGAUUCUCUGUUGAAGCCGAUGACUGAUUUUUUUUUUUUUGAAUAAAAAGAACUUUUUACACAUAAGAAUUUUUAGAUUUGCUGCAAAAUACUCUCUUUUUACAUUGCAWAGUGAACUUGGCAUUUUUUACAGUGUUCUGUGUAAUAAUAGUGGGCAGAAAGCCAUAAAACCUGAAUUUUGGCUUGCAGAUUCUCUGCUGUUUUUCUAGCUGGACUCUGUUGCUGUAUUUUUCUAAAUCUGUAGCUUCAUCUCAUGCUUUCGGCAAACAUCAUCAAGAAAUGGACUGAAUUUUCUAACUAGAAAAAUGGAUCCAAGGGAUAAGUGAGCACGGUUUUUACAGGCUCUGAGUCAGAAUCUGGGCCAGGAGAUGCUGGUCCUAUAAAAGAAGGAAUUGUCAUAAAGGGGGUGGCUGGAGGCCAUGCGGUUCCCUGGCUGCCCCACAAAGGCCUGAAGUUCCAGACGUUGCACUUGUCCAGAGUCACUUCUUUCCUAAAGCAAAAGCUUAACUAAUUACUGAAGUGUAAGAACAUAAAAUGCCAGCGUCAUCUUGGUUCUUUAUGAGGUUUCCUCCAAACCUGUGUCCUAGAGCAAAGUUCUCUCUGCUCAGACAUCCCACGGCCUUUAUUUCUGAGAGCACCAUCCUGGCACAGGGAGCCUGGAGGACUCGUCCUCGUCUCGCUUUGGUUUUCCAGGAAGUGGAAGGGAGGGCAGCAGAAGAGUAAUAGGACUUAGGAGAGCACAAUAUGACUUGGGGUUAAGGGCUGGAAUCUAAUAAAAUGGAAWGGGAGGUUUCUUCAAAAUGCAAUUGCUCAUUUGUAGGAUUGUCUCUUUGCAGAUGUAGGAGUGUGGUUUGGCAACCCUCCUCCUGAGACCUUUAAAGCUUGAAGCACCUGAAAAUACAGCGCAGGGGCAGGGAGGGGAACGGRGGUUAGAAACUAGAAAUAAUGUAAAGCAGUAGGUGUUCUCCACCUCUAUCUUUUGUGAAUUUGUGUGGCUGUGCAAACUAUAAAUUUCUCUUUUUUUAUCAAUUCCAUUGGAAAUUUGAAGCAGCCAGAACCUGCCUGCAUUCCACAGUAUGAAUUUGUUCUAUUUUAGGAAAACUGACCUUACUGUACAUUUGCUAGGGAGCUGGUAUGAAAAGCAAACAAAAGAGAAAAAUGACUUUCCAUUUUAAAGCAGGUCUAGGCCGGCUGGAGCUGGGCACCCAUGUUUAUAUGCAAAGCCAGACUUCAGUGCUUUGUCAUGAGAUUACUUGGAUAAAAUGGAAGUGACUCUCAGUGCCUGAACCAGAGCCAGCUGAAAGCAGCGGGCACCUUUCCUUGUCUUCCAAGAGCCAUUGAGGAAAUCGUUACACGUGGGAAAUGUCCCGUCUUGCCUUAKCUGAGAAUCUAAAAUCCAGUAUAUUCUCACAUGUGAUCCGUCCAGGAUUCUUCAGGAGAAGAUCCAGCAGUCGUGCAGACGUUGGUGAUCCUCAGGGAGGAGCAGAGAGACGCUCCCUCYCAUCCCAGAACAAGGAAUUCUGCAGGGGCCGCCUGUCCCUCCCUGUUGGCUGCUGAGGGAACCCAGGCAGCUACUGUGRGGCAGAUGAGAUGAACUCAGGUUCUUCAGCACGAAAGAAAAAUCAAACUAUUAACAGCACAGAUGCAUAAAAUGUAUGGGGCUUACGAUGACACUGCUGCAAGGAGUCUUGUUCUUCCUAAAUAAAUCGCAGCAAAAGGUGGCACCCAGCUUCCGAGAAAACAAGGAGCCAGCAUUUUUAAAGAUGUUACAAAUUUUUGUWUAAUAUAUAUUAGUUGCACGCAACUGAUUUGUUUUCAUAAUCACAGCAUGUUUUUGGUUUUGUUUUUGUUUUUUUUUUUGAUGUGACAUCUCAAAACACACUAAAACCCACUCGAGAUGUCUGGAAUCUCUGUAAAACCACUUACACUAGAACCAGCAAUAGAUGCCGACCUGUCGGGACUAAAGACCACCCUGCCCAGCCGCCUCUCCGAGCUGCCAUUGAGCCGUGUGCGGAGCAGAGCGGCCGCAUGGGCUCUAUGCUGGAAAGCCUUAAAUUUUGGGAAUGGUCUGAAUGGUGCUCCCGCAGGUAUUAAAACUCAAAUGCGGGCAAAGCGGGCUUAAAGACUCUUUUUUUUUGCAUUAGUUGGGCCAAAUSACCAAAUUCUGCCUUUAGUCCAGGAAAGGUUUUAUACUAAGGAGGAUUUUGAGUGAAUAAGGCUUUGACAUGGGAGAUCUUGGCCCUCAGAGAAUGCAGGUGGAGGAGCCGGAGGCCCCUGCGGUGGCGGGCAGCGUGUUUGCUCUGAGGCCAGGGCUGGCUCUGGGCUGCGGCGCUGCCCACCGCUACCCGCUCUCUGUCAAGCCUGAAGUGUAGCUUAAACUGCCAUUGCAAACAGGGAAUGGCCCUAGAAACUGUGCUUUUCAGAUACAAAAUUCAUGAUUUCGGCUUCCUUUUGUUGCCUUUUUCGCUUGGAAAAUCCCGCCGCCCUUCCGGAGCAGCUGGAACGACGACACGCUGCCACUAAAGUGGUCUCAAAGGCACAAGUAGCAGCAGCAGCAAUUCCUGCCAGCAGCCAGCGGCUGGAUCCGAAUGGAGCGGCUCCAGAGGAGCCCAGGGCUCUGGAGAGGCUCCGUCCGGGCCCCAGCGGCGGCACUGGUGCCUGCUGGCAGCGAGGGGGCUGCUCCCUGGAACUGGAGAGCGGCGGAGCUGCCCGGCAGAGCCCGGCACGGCUGCUGGAGCCCCCCUGCCCUCCGCAGCCCGGCGCCCCGCCAGCCGCGGCUGCCUCUUCUGGCCUGCCGUGAACUAGUUACCCGUCAACAAGUACCAAGGGCCCCCUUCUCAUAUAUGCUCUGCAUAUGUUUGUGUAUAUACGGACAGUUUUGUAGCGUUACGCUGACGUGUAGUGGUUUUUCCACUAUGUCUGGGUCACAUAUUCUGCCUAGUGUAUAGAGUAAGUGCAGCUUUUGUUAAGGAGCAUUUUGUCUUUAGGAAGGUAGAGCCACAGGUCUGCAGGCCGAAGGGGGCGGCGAGACCUGCCCGUCCUGAGCGUGCAGGUGGCACCUGACAGAAAGCGUUUGUCUGAGAAACAUUAACACAAAAGGCCAUCGGUAUAUCCAAGAAUUGGGCCAUUACAGUCACACUCAAAAAAAUACUGCUUUUGUUUCUGGUGCUUCAGCACAGCGUGGGGCUGUGUUGAUUACCAGAGAAGUCACCUCUCCUCCCUUGGCCUCAGUACUCCCUCGGUGCACGUGGUCACUGGCAUAACCAGACAGACUGUACGUGGGAGCUCUCCGACCCCUAAUCAGGCCUUCUCAGCACAGCAAGGAUGUAUUUUAUUAUCCUACCC